CUUGGGUUGACGCUGGCUGGUGAAAGCAUAUGGAUGGCUUUCGUCGGGCAUACUUACCAAUUCUCAGCCGCUUGACGUGUGCGGCUCUCAAUGGACCGCGGUUAUCGACGAACACCGCUCAGAGCGACCUUGUCUAACAUACGACGGCCGCACCAACGCCGAGGCUUUUCGCUCCUAAAGGGUCCUCGAUGAGCAGUGCUUUCCGGAUUGCAACUUUCAUGAUGUCCUUCAUGUUGUCCCGCGCAGUAGCAGCUCUCGGCGCGCCCUUACUGAUAGCGGCGGCGGCGGUCCCAGUUGGCAACAACGCGAAGAACUACUUCGCGAAUGUUACUGUUGGUACACAGACCUUCAACCUACUCGUCGAUACCGGGUCGUCGAACACAUGGAUUGGCGCGAAUCGGACGUACGUUCCGGGUGUAGACGCGUUAAACACCAAUAAGUUCGCCGAGAUAACCUACGGCUCCGGCUAUAUGAAUGGGACCGAAUGGUAUGACACGGUCACCAUCGGAGACCUCACUGUGCACAACCAGUCCAUCGGUGUCGCGGCGUAUGAAGAGGGAUACGGGUACCAAGGCAUCGACGGUAUCCUGGGAUUGGGUGGGGUCUUGCAGACGAACAACACCGUCGACGGCGUCGAGCUUGUGCCCACGCUGAUGAAUAACCUGCUCGCUCAAGGUCGCAUCGAUGAGGAAGUGCUCGGUGUCUACUUCGAGCCUCUGCCUCGCGAGACAGCGUACGCUGUCAACGGGGAGGUGACGAUCGGCGGCGUCGACACCUCGCGCUACACCGGCGACAUCACCUGGGCUCCCGCUCUCACCCGCGACGGCCAAAUCCGCAGCUGGAUGGCCCCCAUCGACGCCGUCUCCUACAACAACCAAUCCCUCGGCACGCCUACCUGGCAGGGCCUCUUCGACACCGGCACCACCAACAUCUACAUCCCGCCCGACGUCUAUUUUCCUUUCCUCUCCCUCUCCGGGGGCGUCUGGGACCAGGAGGUUUACCUCAGCCGGUUCGACGAGCGCCCGACGGGCGUGCUCGCGUUCACAAUUGGCGGCCGCCAGUUCGACCUCACGCCGGAUAUGUAUAUGGUGCCCGAGGACCAGUAUGCUGUGUGGGGGCUGCCGGAGGGCACGCACUGGUCGUUUGUCAGCACAGCGGGAGAAGGGAAUUUCUUUGUGGGGCAGAAGUUCUUUGAGCAUUACUACAGCGUUUAUGAUACUACGAACGAGCGCAUUGGAUUCGCUACGGCGAAGCAUGCAUAAUGGAGUAUCAGGCUAGCCGGCGG